AUGAAGUUCUCCGCCACCCUCAGCCUCGCCGUUUCGGCCCUCGUGUCUGCCGUCGCAGCCAAGUCGAAUAACGCCUAUGUCCAUGAGCGCCUCGACAAGAACGACACGCUGCUGCUCGUCGUCGAUAUCCAGGAAGGCCUGAUCAACAUUGCGCGCGACUUUGACCCGACUGUCUUCCGUAACAACUACCUCGCUCACUCGAGCCUCGGCCGGGUCUUUGACCUUCCCGUCAUCCUGACAACGUCGGCCGAGACGGGCCCCAACGGGCCCCUGCCGGAAGAGAUCUUGACCUUCAACCCUACGGCGCCCCUGAUCCGGCGCAACGGCGAGGUCAACGCCUGGGACAACGAAGAGUUCCGCGACGCCGUCCGCGCCGCCAACAAGACGCAGAUCAUCCUCGCCGGCAUCACGACCGACGUCUGCACCGCCUUCCUCGCCCUCUCCCUGCGCGCCGAGGGUUACUCCGUCUGGGCCAACCUCGAGGCUUCGGGUACUACGACCGACCUCAUCCGCGACGCCUCCAACGACCAGAUGCGCGCUGCCGGCGUCACCGUCACGAGCACCUUUGCCAUCGCCAUGGACCUCAUGCGCGACUGGCGCAACACCCCCGGCGCCCCGGAGCUGCUGCCCUGGCUUGACACCUAUUACCCCGUCUACGGCAACCAGGCGCGCGGCCACCGCGCGGCCGUCGCCAACGGCACCCUGCUGCCCGGUCAGGACACCCUUCCUCUCUAA